CACAAGGCACAAACAAGCCCAACUGCGACUAGGGUUUCUUUCGCUUCUUUAUUCUCCAUUCUCCAAUACAGGGGAAAAUUUAUCCCAAAUACCCACCGAUUAAAGAGGUGUGGAGCGACCAUUUUCAAAUUAAUACAAAACUCUUGCUUCUUUUUCUUCUUCUUUCUCCGAUUCUGAUCGACCACUGUUAGCCUAAUCAAGUAUGGGGAGAGGGAAGUUUAAGGGCAAGCCUACUGGACGUCGCCAGUUCUCUACUCCUGAAGAGAUGCUUGCUGGCACUUCAUCUCGACCUCGUACAUUUAAAAAGGAAGAAGCUGAAGUUGAAGAGGAAAGAUCUGAUGAAGAAUCUGAAGAGUCAUCUGAGGAAGAAUCUGAAAAGAAGAAAGGGACCCAAGGUGUUAUUGACAUUGAGAACCCUAAUAUGGCUAGGCCCAAGACCUUGAAAGCAAGAGAUGCUGAUCUGGAUAAAACUAGUGAACUUUCAAGACGUGAAAGAGAAGAAAUUGAGAAACAGAGGGCUCAUGAAAGGUAUAUGAAGCUGCAAGAACAAGGGAAAACAGAUCAAGCAAAGAAGGAUCUAGAGCGGUUGGCUCUAAUCAGACAACAGAGGGCAGAAGCUGCUAAGAAACGAGAAGAAGAGAAAGCAGCCAAAGACCAAAAGAAGGCGGAGGCAAGAAAAUAAGUGGGAAUGAAAGAGAUGGUAGUUUUCACAUGAUAUGAUGAUGUAUGGUUAUGGUUAUGGUUAUGGUUUAGUUUGUUGGUUAAUUUGAAGUUGAAUCUUUCUUAUAUGCCUAUGUUGGCCAUUGUGGGGGAUCACUCUUUAACCAUUUUAUUAACUUUCUCUUAUUUACUUUUAAAACUUAAAAGCUCGUCUAUUAAACCCAAACUUAUUAUUCGCACUA